UGUUCAUGUGGAACGAUGAGUUAUAUGAGCAGCGGUCUGUCUGAAGUCCCACAGUGAGGAGGACGGAGAGCAGACAAGAUGGACAAACUGCUUCUGCUCAUCAUGGCUGCAUCAGGACUGAGUGCUGUCUCAUCAACUGCUGGACUUCAGUACUAUUUUGUUUAUGACAGGAAGAACUUUACUGAAGCCCAAAGAUACUGCAGAGAGAAAGACGCAGACCUGGUCACUGUAGACAGCAUGGAGGUUAUGAAGAUCCUGAACAACACGGCAGAUUUAGACAAAAUGUUCUACUCCAACAACAGCUACAGAGCCUGGAUAGGACUGUCCCGUGACAACUGGAGGUGGUCACUGUCAGACCCAAGUUUCUACAAACCCGGGGAGACGGAGUUCAGACGAUGGAAUGUUGGAGAACCAAACGUUGGAUACAGUAACAACGCCUGCACAGGGAUGCGUCCUGAUGGACUCUGGUUCGACGACAGUUGUAAACUUGGGAUUUUUCCAGUCUGCGCAGAUAUCAAAGGGUCAAAUGUGACUUUUGUCAUCAUCCCCUCCCCUAUCACAUGGACUAAAGCCCAGAGCUACUGCAGAGCUCUCUACACAGACCUGGCCAGUGUGAGAAACAUGACAGAGAACCAGAAGGUACAGGCGUUGACGGCUGGAGGAAACUUGGUCUGGAUCGGCCUUUUCAGAGACUCCUGGAAGUGGUCAGAUGGAAGUAACUCCUCAUUCAGCUUCUGGAAGAACGGCCAACCUGAUAACAACAACGGGAACAAGGCUUGUGUGGCUGCAGACUUCAGCCAAUCAGGAGCCUGGGAGGACUGGCCCUGUGACAUGGAGAGAGCGUUCAUUUGCUUUGGUCCAGUGGUGUCAAAGAAAGUGAUGAAAGUGAAGUUUGAGAACAAGAAGAAUCUGGAUCUGAAUGACUCUGCUGUGAUGGAGGCCAUGUUGAAGCAGCUGAAACAGAAGCUGAGGGCCCAGGGGCUGGACGACAACAUCAAGCUGAGCUGGAGGAAGCAGGCCGAUGGAAAAGUCUUCCACAAGGAAGACAAGAAGACCAACAAGAGGAGGAGGAAGAGGGAGGAGCUGUAAUGUUGAGUUGCUGCGUCUGUUCAUCAGAGAAAAGUCUGGAUCUUUGC